AUGCCCGACCCGUGCUGCAUCAAUUGCCGCCGGUCAUAUGGCCAAAACAUCUUACUCGACUUUGACCCAAGCGGUUUCUGGGCUUGCCCGCGAUGCGGCCUCGUCGACGAAAGUGCCACCUCCGCCCAGAGACUAGUAGACUUCAAUGAGCAUGGGAUCCAGGUGGAUGAUAAUAUACGGGGGACGAAAGCUGCGUCUUGGACUGAUUGGAGGGAGGCGAAAUUUGAGGAACAUGUGAAGGAUCUGUUGGAUCUAUAUCUCGGAUCCAAAGAUCCCCGGACAAGUAUCCUUGGCACUCCAGGCGAAAACGUUCGCACCAGCACCCGCAAAUGGCUGACCCGCAUACUCGAGGCCGACCGGCAGCUCUUUCAGCGUCUGCAAGGCCACAAGAAGGCCAGUCCCAAGACCAAGUUCUUUGUGGUGAUUGCUCUCAAGAUGGCGCUAGAUGAGAAUGCGGUAGCUGUGCUGCACAAUCGGCUGAGAGCGGCGGGGUUUCAGACAGAGAUGAAGAGUGCUUGGGCGGGGGCUAGGAGUGACGAGCGGCUGCCGGCUCUGAGUCUGUCCCAGCUGGUUGCAAGACUCUCCCAAUUCCCCGCAACUAGCUUUGGGUACACAGACCGAGAAGGUUAUCUGAACCUCCUCCAUCGCCGCUUUACCAAGCUCCUCCGCAAUGCCCUCACGCCUCUUGAAUCCACCCUCAUCUUCCUCACUUCAAUAUCCCAGCGUCUCCGCCAAAUCGCAGAUGCUUCCAACGAAGAUCGUACUUCGUUGCUGCUCACCCGACCACCAGCUGGAAAGGGGACUCGGGAAUGGGAAGCCGAAGAGUUCUCCUUCUUCGAAGACGUCGAGUGGGAAAAGGUGCUACCGGAAGCAUACAGGCUGUAUCAGAUACAGGAGUGUGUCUACUUGUGGGGAAAUCGUUCGUCUCCCAGCAUAGCGAUCGCCCUCCUUUUCUGGUCUAUCCAGUCACUCAAAUCACUGGUCGUCCCUUCAUUCUCCAUCCUCAUGGAGGAACUCUCAGCGCCAUACGGCCAACAACGCUGGGUCGCUCUGGAGAGGUUCAAGGAGAUGCGGAAUCUGCUCGUAGCCUGGAGUACGUCCUUUCCCGAAGCGGCCAUACCCUUCCCUCUGUUACCCCUGCCCCCAAAAGGGUUCAUAGGCGAUGGCGUAUCUGGCUACGGUAGUGACUCUCGACGAGGAAUACCCGAAAUCGACAUGGCUGUCACUGUUGCCCCUCUCAUCACUCAGCAUUGGCGCAAAUUACUUCAAGCAAGGUCGCGGACGCGAAAGGACGUCAUGCCCCUCGCAGACGAAAUCUAUCUUGCCCGCAAGAUGUUUGUCGUGCGUGCUGGUGACUAUGCUCUUCUACUAGACCCGAAAGCGACUCUACCACUCCAUCUCAGGAAUGUCGAGCGGCCCAAGUUGGGGAGAAUGUCGCCGGCGGUGAAGAAAUUCAAGGUCUUUGCGGAUCAGGCGAGGGCCGAGAUUGCUGGAUAUGUGCCUCUGUGGCGUGUGCGCGUGGAUGACGAGGCUGUGAAGAGGAGGCUUGAGGGGCUGCAGAUCAUCCCGGAUGGCAAUGACGAACCGGCCAGCCAAGCGAAAGCAGACAAGGCGUCACUUGCAGCAUCAUGCCAAUCCAUCCCUGCGCCUGAAACGUCGGGACAUGGAGUAUACUUCCAGCGUGCCUACCCUGCACCUCCUGCCCGUCCGCUCGCCUCUUCUUCCUCGUCUGACGACCACUCCGGUAUACUCAUGCGCGAAAGAGAAGAAUACAUAAAAUUCCGAUACGCGACGUAUCUCGAAGCGGGACAUAUCGUCUCUCCAGCCUGCGCUACUAUCAUGUGGGACUGGCUGCGCGAAAAAGUGGAGACGGGCAGUAUACCUGCGACCAUCACGCCCGAAUAUCUGGCGAGUAUUGGAGUGAAAGCCGACCCGCGGCAGGGAUGGGAUUUGGGCAAUUGGGUCGAGCAGAAGAAGGACGUAUGGUCCCCUGUCGAAUGUCUCUUGCGAGCUGGCGUCAAGCCGAGCGAGAUACCGCCUCACUUUGUACCCCAGUCACCCACCUAUCUCAAGGUCAUCCUUUGCCAUUAUCACGAGAGAGCGGCUCUUCUCGGGCUCGUCGAUAACAAUAUAUUGGCGCCAGUCGGCAAGUUUGAGGAUGAGAUCGCGCUGCUGUUUCCGCAAGGAGGAGAAGAGAAUUUUGAAGGCAUGUUUCUGGACGACAAGGAACGUGCAAAGCGGGAGAGAGACUACAAAGCGAUGGAAGUGGUGGGCAAAGACGAAGAUAUGGACGCCUGGAGAAAAGAAAGAUCGACUCGGGAGCGGGAUGCCUUGUCUGACGAAGAGGCCUCAGAUAGCGAAGAGGAAGGCAUCCCCUUCCCACCUACCCUCGCCCGGGGCGAACCAUCUUCUCCUAGCUCGCCAUCUUACAAUCCGCCUCCUCCCACGAGAUCCCGCGCAGAGCUAAAGCAUCUCGCGGCCAUCUUCAACGUCCCUUCACACCUCCGAAGCAAAGACCAGCUUGAGCUACUUGCCCAAGCGAUUGGGACUAGCGACGAUCCAGAUUUACACGACGUUGGGAAUGAAGAUGACAGCGAGAGGUUUGAUGAGCUGGCGUUCAGCUCAAUGGGACCAAGCUUGGCUGGGGUGGAGCUAGGAUGGGGGUUCGAAGAAGCUGGCGACAGCGAAGAGGAUGGUGAGGGUGAUGCUCCGAUAGCGAGUCAACUAGGGGCAGGCAGCCAGAGGAAGAGAAAGGCGGGAAACGAAGAGAAGGAGAAGAAGACAUCAAAAAGUAAGAAAUAG